AUGCUGCCGUUAGAGGAGCUAAAGGUGCCCUCUGCCCCAGCCCUCUGCCCCAGCCCUCUGCCCCAGCCCUCUGCCCCCAGCCCUCUGCCCCCAGCCCUCUGCCCCCAGCCCUCUGCCCUCUGCCCCAGCCCUCUGCCCCCAGCCCUCUGCCCCAGCCCUCUGCCCUCUGCCCCAGCCCUCUGCCCUCUGCCCCAGCCCUCUGCCCCCAGCCCUCUGCCCCCAGCCCUCUGCCCCCAGCCCUCUGCCCCCAGCCCUCUGCCCUCUGCCCCAGCCCUCUGCCCCCAGCCCUCUGCCCCUAGCCCUCUGCCCCCAGCCCUCUGCCCUCUGCCCCAGCCCUCUGCCCCCAGCCCUCUGCCCCCAGCCCUCUGCCCCAGCCCUCUGCCCCCAGCCCUCUGCCCCCAGCCCUCUGCCCCCAGCCCUCUGCCCUCUGCCCCAGCCCUCUGCCCCUGCCCUCUGCCCCCAGCCCUCUGCCCCCAGCCCUCUGCCCCCAGCCCUCUGCCCCCAGCCCUCUGCCCCAGCCCUCUGCCCCCAGCCCUCUGCCCCCCAGCCCUCUGCCCCAGCCCUCUGCCCUCUGCCCCAGCCCUCUGCCCCAGCCCUCUGCCCCCAGCCCUCUGCCCCCAGCCCUCUGCCCCCAGCCCUCUGCCCCAGCCCUCUGCCCCAGCCCUCUGCCCCAGCCCUCUGCCCCCAGCCCUCUGCCCCCAGCCCUCUGCCCCCAGCCCUCUGCCCCCUCUGCCCCCAGCCCUCUGCCCCGCCCUCUGCCCCAGCCCUCUGCCCCCAGCCCUCUGCCCCCAGCCCUCUGCCCCAGCCCUCUGCCCCCAGCCCUCUGCCCCCAGCCCUCUGCCCUCUGCCCCAGCCCUCUGCCCUCUGCCCCAGCCCUCUGCCCCAGCCCUCUGCCCCCAGCCCUCUGCCCCCAGCCCUCUGCCCCCAGCCCUCUGCCCCCAGCCCUCUGCCCCCAGCCCUCUGCCCUCUGCCCCAGCCCUCUGCCCUCUGCCCCCAGCCCUCUGCCCUCUGCCCCAGCCCUCUGCCCCCAGCCCUCUGCCCCCAGCCCUCUGCCCCAGCCCUCUGCCCCCAGCCCUCUGCCCCCAGCCCUCUGCCCCCCAGCCCUCUGCCCUCUGCCCUCUGCCCUCUGCCGCCGAGCUGCCCUCUGCCCCCAGCCCCUCGCCCCUGGCCCCAGCCUCUCUGCCCCCAGCCCUCUGCCCCUGCCCCAGCCCUCUGCCCUCUGCCCCCAGCACUCUGCCCUCUGCCCCAGCCCUCUGCCCCAGCCCUCUGCCCCCAGCCCUCUGCCCCCAGCCCUGCCCUCUGCCCCAGCUCUCUGCCCCAGCCCUCUGCCCCAGCCCUCUGCCCCAGCCCUCUGCCCCCAGCCCUCUGCCCCCUCCCCUCUGCCCCCAGCCCUCUGCCCCAGCCCUCUGCCCCAGCCCUCUGCCCCAGCCCUCUGCCCCAGCCCUCUGCCCCAGCCCUCUGCCCCAGCCCUCUGCCCCAGCCCUCUGCCCCCAGCCCUCUGCCCCAGCCCUCUGCCCCAGCCCUCUGCCCCAGCCCUCUGCCCCAGCCCUCUGCCCCAGCCCUCUGCCCCAGCCCUCUGCCCCCAGCCCUCUGCCCCCAGCCCUCUGCCCCAGCCCUCUGCCCCAGCCCUCUGCCCCCAGCCCUCUGCCCCAGCCCUCUGCCCCAGCCGUCUGCCCCAGCCCUCUGCCCCAGCCCUCUGCCCCAGCCCUCUGCCCCCAGCCCUCUGCCCCAGCCCUCUGCCCCAGCCCUCUGCCCCAGCCCUCUGCCCCAGCCCUCUGCCCCAGCCCUCUGCCCCAGCCCUCUGCCCCAGCCGUCUGCCCCAGCCCUCUGCCCCAGCCCUCUGCCCCAGCCGUCUGCCCCAGCCCUCUGCCCCAGCCCUCUGCCCCCAGCCCUCUGCCCCAGCCCUCUGCCCCCAGCCCUCUGCCCCAGCCCUCUGCCCCCAGCCCUCUGCCCCCUCCCCUCUGCCCCCAGCCCUCUGCCCCAGCCCUCUGCCCCAGCCCUCUGCCCCCUGCCCUCUGCCCCCAGCCCUCUGCCCCCAGUCCUCUGCCCCAACCCUCUGCCCCAGCCCUCUGCCCCAGCCCUCUGCCCCCAGCCGUCUGCCCUCUGCCCCCAGCCCUCUGCCCCCAGCCCUCUGCCCCAGCCCUCUGCCCCAGCCCUCUGCCCCAGCCCUCUGCCCCAGCCCUUGUCUAUCGUCUGCCUGAUGUCUGCCUGAUGCCUGACUGA